CAGUCUGACACAGAAUGAAGGUUCAUCACGCAAUCUUCCUGACUGCCAUCCUCUUUGUAACACGCCAUGGAAGCGAUGGAGCCCUAGGCGAGAAGGCAAGAUGUGAUUUUCAAGACUUCCUUCAGACUCCACCAACUAAAUCCUGGCUGUUGAACCACAGCCACACAGUCGUCACUUAUAAUGUAUCGGGAGGUGUUCUCACCGGCUACGACUGCCGCAAGGACAACACGGAGUGUUCCCAGUAUAGCCGGGUGUGCUGGAACCGCUUCAGCCACAACAGAGUCCUUGCCAAACAUCUCGAAUCAGACUUCAAGAACAAGUUCCUGUGUAUCCAGUUCAUCCAAAGAAGCAUCAGCGUCAUUCAGAUAAAGAUAUCGCAUACCCAGACCGGACAUGUUGGUAAGUAUCUCUGUAACUUUGAGGAUCUGGACCUGGACCCAUGGCCAUGGAUAUCUGAAGAACAUUUUUCAACCACUUCCACCUCAUGCCCAUUUAUUGGUGGUUACAACUUUGAUCUGUUCAAGUUCAGUGAUCACAGCAGGAAGAAGAUACAGACGAAAUGUACCAGUGCUAUCCCUCCCGUGCGAGUAGAAAGUGACUGUGAGCAGGGUGAAGGGAUGACGUUUCAGUUUCGAAAUUCUGCCUGUCUCCACAACGAAGGCAACUUUGAUAUGACACAGAAUACCAAAUGCAUUGCGUCCUGGUCUGAAGGGAAGGAACACUUUGGAAUUCUUUGUAAGGAUUCCGACAGAUAUUUCUGGUGUGUUAGAGUGAAAUUUGGACAAGGAAAUGAGGUUUCUAAAUUAAUAAUAUUUCUGGAUUUGAUAUGUGAUCACACUCUGAACUUCACGUUGACCCAACGGUAUAUCGAGCUGGAGAAAUUGGAGAAGCGAAAGGUGUCCCAUAUGUGUACAGACGAAUAUUAUGGGUGUGAGGUGAUGAAUGAGCUAUGCACGGUUUUGUCCGACCUUUGCGCAAGAACCUGUGGAGGUUGUAAUGCAAGCCACAAGGCUACCCCUUGUCACUUCCCUGAAAGAGUCCAGGGAACCUGGCUGCAUUCGGAAAGAAAUGAAAACAAGCAUGUGGAAAUAUCCCAAACUGCUAUUAAGCUUCCCAAGUCUGGAGCCUAUGAAUGCGUCACCUUCCAGGACUUUGUGAGGCCUUUAAGGAGAGUGAUACUGCGUCGAUUUUCAAACGGUUGUUAUCCUAGGUUCAUGUGCAUGCACUACAACUCCCCCUCUCCAUCUGUGAUGCGGUUCCGAUUGGGCAAUUUAGAUACGUGGCCUACAAAAUUAUCGGAUAAAUCAAUUUGUGAUGACAAGAAUUUUAUGACCUACCCCAGCUUACGCAGCAUCAGGACCCCCUAUUACCGACCUUAUAAGAGCUUAGUCAGACUUACGCCUGAUCCUCGAGCAGUUGCUUGCAACCUACCACGGACCCUGCCAAGGGCUUUGACAGUCUACGACGACUAUGGUAUUACGUCCUGUCUUAUCCACGGGUCCUUUGCCUCUCCUAGAGAAUUAGUUCUAGCAAAAACCCGUAAUGGUUCGGUCCUCAGCCCAACGAAGUACACAUGUCUGGGUUCUUUAACGUUCAUUGGAAGUUUAAAAUCAAUAAUAACCGUCACCCAAGGGAGAGAAGACGAAUAUCUGUGUUGGAUAAUUGUCAGUAGGAAUUUUCUUCUUCAAGUGAAACCUUCAUCGUGUAAUACUCUUACUGCCAACUUCAUUAUGGCUAGAAAAAAGACAUUCGAGGAAAAGCUCAUCAAGAGCUUUUAUGUUACCUACUCCAAGUUCAGCCAUGUAUGUGAUGAUUAUUUCCAGGAGCAUUAUGCAUACAAGCCACAUUAGCGCGUUAAUAUUUUGCCGUAUUUGGAGCAGAGUUCCAGUUCGAAUGGUCAAGUCCGAAUUUCUA